AUGUCUUUUGGACCUGUCUCGGACUGGGGCCUUGGGAAUAAUGGAGUGAGAAUCUCCAUUAACUACUUCGAUGGAAUCGUAGAGCAAAGUCUCUCGGGAGCUCUGGGAUCCUCAGAAUUACAACUUAUCUUCAAAUCGCUACUCAAGCGUGAUGAGACGACUAAAGAAAAGGCUCUCGGUGAUCUACUGAACUUGCUGGGCGAUCUGGAGCAUAAUAGACAUCUUUUUGAAGACGAAUGUUUUGCACUUUGCUGGUCUCAAAUCUAUGCAAAACUGAUAACAAACGAGUCCCGAAAUGUUCGUAUAUCAGCGCACACCAUUACAACGGACUUUAUCAGACUGCUGGGAAAGAAAAGCGGAAAAUUUUUGCCAGAUUUCGUGCCCUUCUUGCUUUCCGGCACAUACGACUGUGAUUCUUUUGUAUCUAAGUCGUGUUCCAAAGACCUUUUGAAAUGCUUCGGGGGCGAUGCAAACAAAGUAACUGCCUUGUGGAAGCUAUUCCAAUCGCAGACUUUACGUCUCGUUAAGGAAGUGCUGCUCGUGGAAACCGCAACUUCGUUGAGCGACGAGCGAUACAUUUCGAAACAGGACUCCCAAUUGAAAUACAUAAGGAUUGCCACGACCGCAAUUUACAUGCUAAAUCGCUUGGCGACACAAAAUCCGGAUGAUUUUUGCCCCGAAAAUAAGGAGUAUUACAACGUUUUGUCAAGCGAGAACCUGUGGCAUUUAUUAUCUUUUAAAGACAUCCAUUGCCUAAAGUCAAGUGAGGCCCUAAUGAAUCUAUUUAACACGAUGUGGGAAUGUGGUUUUCUAGCCUCUUGUAAACCAAUCCUCAAACUCAUUUCCAAGCGGCUUUUCAAAUGUUUGGGUCAUUUAUCGACUAAAAACCUAAUCAGUGUUUCCACCUUAUUCUCCAACAUCUUGAAUGUUUUGUCAAAGUUGCUCGACUACAAGAAUGGCAAGAUGCUCUCGUGGGACAAAGCGUCUCAAGAAAAGAUUAAAAAGUUUCUGCUAUUGGGACCAGGAAACGCAGACCCCAGUUAUUACACUGCUUUAUUAACACUAUUCGAAAAGAACAAUUCUCAAUUAGAAUUUGAUUACAGCCCGGAGUGGUUGGAGAUAUGGCAUAGAGAUCUCUUAUACGAGAGUCAAAGGCGAGGUCUACCAAUGAAAUGUCAGGCCAUGUCAGACAAGCUCUGGGAGAAUUAUCUCACCUUCAUAUCUUUUGCGCCGGAAUCUCUUCGGGAAGAUGCCAGAGCAGCCUCCAAAUCAGAAAUCCUAGCAACCGUCAGCGAAAAGCCCCUACCAACCCACGGCAUUACGAUCAAUUUAUUUGCUGAGGAACUUUCUUUUGACUCUUUGGAGACAGAAAUAUCGCAUCUCCUGCCUUCUGGGGUGAGUCGUAAACAUGAGGACAGGCGCUACAUGAACAAUCUUAUUGUCAUUGCACUUACUAAAAAAGGACCAGACUCCUUUCUUAACAAAAUUUCAACUCUUAUCAUUGAUUCUUUGCGAGCUCAUAAUUUUGAAAAUACACAUUAUUGCUACACUUUUAUCACGAAGCUGAUGGAAUCGAGUGACCCUGCUUUGCUAGAUAAAGUUGUUGAUCUGCUGAAGUUACUUUCAGAAAAUUUAGAUACAGCAAAUUACGCAGCGGCUUCAAAGAGCUUCACAGCUUUUUCUCAUAAGGUUACAGUCGAUUAUUUGAAAGAUCACCGUACUGCAGAGGCAUUCAUUAAGUUUUUAGACUCAUUGCUAGACCUAGACAUUUCUGCGGCGAAAAAACUUGAAACCACCAACAGCCUGAACGCGAGUUAUCUUCAGCGGAUUGCAAAAGAUUCACAUCGAUUCCAUGAGUUUCAAAAUACCACAUUGGAAAGUUUCAGCUUGUCAGACGUUCAGCUUUACCAAAGUCAGGUUGUUAACGAGAACACGAUAUGCGAACUAUACAAAAAAGCUUCGAGUCACUCACAGCUGAUUUCUCUUUGCUCCAACUGUAAGACUUAUAGACCGGACCUGUACGAACACCUUCUACUCACCACCAACAUCAUAGUUGACAUUUUAUUUGAAGAGUUCGGGUCUACCAGUUCAGAUCUGAGGGAAACAGUCCUGCGGCUCGUUGAGUCUCACGAUGAUUUGGCCGAAAAAGCAGCAUUAGGAACCAUCGCAUGUUUGAAUGGUUCAUCCACCAAUCCAAUUCUCAACAUGCAGGACUAUGUGGUCAGCCUCAUUGCUGCAAACGAUAAAGUUUUGAGCACCUUGCUGCCUGACAACAUAUAUGAAGCGCUUGAUGAUGCUGUGCCCUUUGUGAGUCACCAGAUCGCGACCAGUAGCUCUUUGGGAUUGAAUGUUUUUGUGAUACCAGCUAGCGACGAAAAUCUAGACUUGCUUCUCGCCGGACCUGCUAUCAAGGUCGCUCAAUUUCUGGAUAAUAUUUUAGCGCAAAUCCCUGCACAUUUGAACGAUGAGGUGAUGUUAUAUUUGGCGAUCAUGAGUGAGCUCGCAGCUGACUACAAUUUUUUCAGCUCGACACCGUCGGAUGAAUAUCAAAACUUCAAGUGCUCAUUGUUCACAGAGCGCCGGUAUCAAUUUGAUGCGAAACAAAUUAUUGAGGCCAUCGUUUCGCCAGGCAAGUCGGAUUCCAGGAUUCUUAACAUGCUUUCGAAAACUGACGGAAUGACACCAUCAGGCUCUCUAUUCAAUUGUCGCAUUUUAAGGAAACUCUUAACAAACGCUAUGGAUUUUGCAUCGUCAUCGAUUUUUGACGAUAAGUGCAUAGAGUCUUUUAUCGUGAGUACAGUGAGAGAUAAGACAGCUCCUAGCAGUAGAGUCCUUCAAGCAGCGACAAUCCUUUCUUCCAUUACCAAAUUUAGUGCAUCCGACGCAUUAACGAGAACGAGAACGUAUCUUGCUUCCGAAAUCAUCGGAGCAAAGCUUCCCGACAAUACAGAAAAAACAACCACUCUGCUAAUUCUCCUCAAUAACCUGCUCAAGGUUGAAAACUAUUCUGAUCUUGCCCCAAAUUACCAGCCUAUUGCACCCCAACGUCUCAAGAUGAUCUUGAUCGAAAUAGGUAGGUGGUUCGACUGCGAUAUGUGGUAUGACGAUGUAUUCUCAGUAUUAAGGCUCGCACUCUGUGAGUUUUUCAGACUGCUGCUGUCUAUACCAUCCUCCUCAUCUCUUGCCCACUCCAUAAGUGAUCAUUCUCAUCGAAUUGUGAGAGACUGUAUUGAUUUGGUGAGUGCUGGCGACGUUUCAUAUGUUUCGGAGUUCAAAAUCUCUGCGGUCAGCCUCUUUGGCCGAUUGACGAGCGAAAAAACAGCUUCGACUCUCGGAGUGACCAUUGAAAGAACAGAGGAUAGAUUGGAACUCUUCGAUGUUCUAAUCGACGCUUUUCUUUUACAAGGUGAUUACACGAAGCCUAGUCAUUACUCAUAUGUCUUGUACAAGUCCCUAGCACAGGUUUUGCAAAGUUCGACCAAUUUGAGCUUCUCGCCAUAUUUGGAAGGUCUCAUGGAAAGUAUCAUGCACUCGUCGGACCUAAACAUUGAUCAAACAAGACUGGUGGUUAAAAUUGCCAGGGAUUCAAUUCUCGCGGAGCAGCAAACGCUUUUGGUCGAUUUUGAGCUUGAUGGCAAUACUAAGAGCGACGGUAAUGAAACAGAUCAAAAGUACCAAUUGCCACCGGGGCUUCUUGAUAAGUUGGAGCAGGACGCACCGCUUGAAUACUUGGAAAACGAGAACGAGUAUCACUUUUUGAAAUAUCUAUGGGAUUGUUAUUUGGUGCUGACCUAUUUCACCGACAUUUCAUACAAUUUGAGACAGUUUUAUGUUGCUCAACUGAGAGAGCGCGAUCUUAUUUUUAAGCUAUUUGAUUUCAUUGCUGAUCAACUAGAUCUUGAUGACAAGUCGUGGAUACCAUCUGAAGAAUUUUCGGUGCUAACGUACCAUAUUGGAGGGUUGGGUUCUUCCUCGUCGCGUGAAACCGUACUUCAAGAGUGUAAGCACCUUCUAUUGCACCUCUUGUACGUGCUUUUCAAGGACAUGGGCGCCAUCAGCAGCUCUUGGUGGUUGAAUCUCAAAGAUAGAGCCCUGCAAACGAAGAUUGACAGGUUUACCACGGCCCACAUUUCCCCAAUAUUAGUGAAGCAAGAACUAGAUGAUGUGAACAAGAAGGCGAAAAGGCUUACAGAUCAAGACGAAAGCUUAACUGUCAAGGUCAACAACGUCACUAAUGAGAUCAAGGCUGAAUACCUAGUUGAUGAACAAAAGCUUGAAAUUGCUCUAAAAUUACCUGCAAACUAUCCGCUCAACAACAUUGAAGUCCAUGGAGUCUCAAGAGUAGGUAUCAGUGAACAAAAAUGGAAAUCUUGGAUUUUGUCCGCGCAGCGAGUCAUGGUUGGCAUGAAUGGUUCUGUCAUGGAUUCACUCGAGCUAUUCACCAAAAACGUGAACUUGCAUUUUGCCGGUUUCGAAGAGUGUGCUAUCUGCUACUCUAUUUUGCAUGCUGUGGACCGCAAGUUACCCACCAAAGUAUGUCCCACUUGUAAAAACCGGUUCCACGGCGCGUGUCUAUAUAAAUGGUUCCGUUCUUCUGGUAACAACACAUGUCCCUUGUGUCGGAGUGAAAUACCAUUCAGGAGGUAA